AUGCAAGGCAUUCCAGGCGUGUCGCAGGAAGUGCUCGCUUCCGACUUGCCUGAGCUGCUCCAGCUGCUGCUUUCGAGACGAAAGGGAAAUAUCCGAGAGUUACUUUGCCAUGGAAAGCGUUCGAUAAUGAGCUUCCAUUCGUUGUCAAACGAAAAAGACGUGCUAGGGCAAAGAUUCUGGACCCGAUACACCAGGUCGUCGGGUUUCACCGGUUACAUAAAGGACACCCCUCUGUUACCGACCGGCUUUUGUCGCCCUGUUUAUUGCCAGACUCCAGCCGUUUGCCGUGUUGUCGAAACCAUUCCUGUUCGCAUAAUAACCACGGGCCGGACAAUCGCAGCAUUCGAAAACGAGGUCGCGAAAAUGCCUUGCGAAGCAGUGGGAAACCCACAACCGAAGAUAACCUGGCAGUUCCCGUCCCUACGCAGCAAACAACAACAGAACCAACACAGACAAUCCGAUCGCGAUUCAGAAACCUCGUCGACCAAUCAGAAAUUCGUCGUCCUGGAUCCGGCCGCCUCCUCUUCCACGUCGUUGGUCAACGGCGCCACCAUUGCUCGCCAAACCGGGUUGGCGCCGCCCGGGGAUCUGAUGUCGGUGUCUGCGGCGCCCCUGGCCGUGCGAAACGUGGAAAUUGGCGAUGCGGGACAAUACACGUGCACUGCAGCGAAUGCCCAUGGUUCGGACGUUGUUGUGCACACGCUCAAGGUGUUGAGUGCCCCGGCUGUGCCAGAUUUUGCACUGGACGCCAUCGGUUAUCAAGCUGUCAUUAUCCGGCUGAUAGAAGACCCUUUCAUCGCCGUUGAAGGCAAGUACUGUGUGUUGAGUGCCCCGGCUGUGCCAGAUUUUGCACUGGACGCCAUCGGUUAUCAAGCUGUCAUUAUCCGGCUGAUAGAAGACCCUUUCAUCGUCGUUGAAGGCAAGGAACAAGCGUCGGGAGACGCAGAACAAACUGCAGAAGCAUUUGCAGAAGACACUGAGGCUCAUCUCGUUGAUCUGCUUUGUGGAACGACUUACGAGGUCAAAAUCAGGGCUAGGAACUCCCAUGGGAUCAGUCGCUUCUCCGUGCCCAGAACUUUUCAAACGAAAUCCGAAGAACCACCGUCGGCGGACCCCAAGUAUUUGUUUUCUUGGAACAAAACCCACGUUGCAGUACACCUGUAUAUUUGGAGCGGCGGGUUUUGCGUGGCUAAGAGGUACUUUGUGCACGUCAGGCCGAGUUUGGACGACGACUGGGACGCCGUUUACGACGGCGACACCCCCGGAGAGUCGCCUCACGCCAUUGGCCCGUUCACCUCGAGAGGCCCAUCCAAACUUCGCUUAUCAGUUGACUGGAUCAAAGCUCAAAGAGAAAGAGUUUUGCUCUCCACUCGAAAGAUUAGGCGCCUUUCCACAUUAGCUGCCACGUUGGCGGCUGUUGAUGAAAAUGGCGGAAUUACGUUGGAAGACCUGGAGGCAAACCUUACGUACUUCGUCCGACUGCAAGCAGUCGGAGGCUCGCUCAAAAAGUUCUCGCUCACGUUCGCCGGCACAAUUGCAGACUCCGAAGUGCCCAACAUCGAGUGGGUUCUGAUUGAAGGUGCCCCCGCUGGUGGGUUAGAGCGACCGCCGAAUUGGGACGCCAGAUCUCCGCCAUUCUUCAAAGACCUUUUCGUCGUCGUUCCCAUGUCGGUGUCGGGAUGCGUGAUCGUCGUCGUAAUCGCCAGUGGCUGCUUCAUCGCGCAAAGAAGGCGCCGUGAAGCGCUGAUGAUGAUGCAAAUGCGGCGCGAGGCCCCCAAGUACUCCACCAACUACGACCAGGGUUACUCCCACGUGGAUUUCCAGAACCCCAAGUCAUCCCACGUGUACACCGCGCACCCGACCAGCAACGCGGUGGAGCACCCGUACGAAUUGGCCCCGUUCGCCGCCAUGACGCAUGACCUGAGCCCUUGUGCCAUCGGGCGUGAUUUUCCGAAUGGCCGGGAUUUCUACACCUCUUCCACCCCGGUUGCAGUGAGAAGUCACCGCAUGACGAAUGGCGGCACGCUGACUCGACACAAAAACGCGGCCGCCUUGACGGCCACAGCCACAAUGACAGCUCGGGGCCACUACGGAGUGACGCCGUCGGUGUCGGACCUCAUGGCGGCGUCCCGAGACUGGUACCCACACCACCACCACCACCACCACGACCACCACCUCGACGUCGGCAACGCCGACGACGUUUAUUCGACGGACGAGAGCUUCCGCGAGUCCCAUCACGACGUUUACCCGUCAACGCCGCCGGCCCGCGUCCAACUCAACUACUCCACGAGGUACAACGAUGUAACCGGGAACCGCGUCAAGUCCAGGUUUGACAGGCCGCGGUCGUGUGAUCAGUCGUCCUUCUGAGUGCUGCUGCUGCUCCUUCUGUUCCGGGGAGAAUAACCCGUCUCACACGGAACCCUGAACAAAAAAGGAACCAUCGGUUUCUCCUUCUUCUUCUUCUUCUGCUUCUUCUCCCUGUUCUUUAUGGACGAAUUGUCAUGGCGAACUGAUGGAGAACCGGAAGAAAAUAGCCUUCCUUUUUUUCUCCGGUGCGGAUGUUAUUUUACCCGAGCUUCUGUGAUCCUGGUGAUGGAACGAACGCGCUGGAAAAUUUUCUUCUCUCUUCAUUCCGGUUCCGUGCGAGCGCGUUUUCGUGCUGAUCGCUGUUUUGUGUGUGUGAGAGAGAGAGAGAGAGAGAAAGAGUGCAUGUGAGUGAUCCGUUGUUGAACCACCCAAUUUUUGCUUCCGUUUAGGGAAAACCAUAACAAUGAGAAUUCAUGUUCUUGAAAGAGUAGAGAGAGAAAGAGAGAAACUGAGAUUGCAUGAGAAUCGAAUCAAACCGCUACUGGAAAUCAAACGAGCUCGUGAAAUUAAAUGGUUCUUUCCAGCGGAAUGCGUUAAGCUAACUUUUUAUUUUCAGUGAGCAAAUUUUGUCCUCGAUAAAUCGGCUCAAGAUUGUCAUGGCGUUCAUGCAAAAAUUAGCAGAUCAUUUCUUUUCACUUUUUCGCUCGUUAAUUUACAAAGGUGAUGCCGGCGUGGGAGUGAUUUUCUGACAAGAGCUGCAAAUUGAAUUUUAUUCACUAGAAACUUUCGUUUCAAACGUUUUGCGGAAUCUAAAACGCUGAAACUAUUGCAGAACUCUUGAAAAAUCCAAAUAAAUCAAUAAGAAGAUUAAAUUAUUGAGACAUGAACUAAAAUUGAACACCUUUGUCAUGAUGGUUCAAAUUCAGGCAUUAUUCGAGGAUACCGCUUUAUUUUCGGAAAAACAUCACCAUCAGGAUUGAAUAAUCUUCUUUUAAAUAAUCUCAGAAUUCAAAUAUAUGUUCAAUUUGUCUUCGAUUCUCAACGAAAUUGCAGUCUUGCGCGUUACUA